GACAGAAAAAAAUUGGGUAAAAACGUUUCCAUGGAAUCUGCAGGAGAAAUUCACAACCUAAACCGCGCCUUUACUGUCAAAAAACUCCAAAACUAAAACCCUCUUUUCCCAUUUCCGCUCCCGCCCAGUGAGAUAGUUGCUCACUGCUAUUUUUCUGCACUUUGCUUAAUCACAUCUCCAGUUCAAAUCGUGGCUUGGAGCACAGUUUCAAGGAUUGCAGCUCCGCUGCUGAAUUUCUUUUGAGCUUAAAUAUGGAAGUUAAUUUAGCUGUGCUAAAGCCUACUUCGAUUCAUGAGUCUCAGUACAAAAGAAGAAGAGUUUCUUUGAAUGGUGUAGAUACUUCUCUUUCCUGUCAGGUCUUACAUGAUGCUGAAAAUUCUUUACCAACCCUCCGUUGUUCUGAUUACUACACAAAACCGUGCUUAAGUGAGUUGGCUAUUCGUGAGCUCUCAAACCCUGGUUAUUGUAGUAGAGUUGAAGAUUUUGUCAUUGGAAGGAUUGGCUGUGGAUGUGUUAAGUUUAUCGGGGAAACAGAUGUUAGACGCUUGGAUUUGGACUCCAUUGUCAAAUUCAGAAACUGCGAGAUUGUUAUAUAUGAAGAUGACAGUUCUAAGCCGUUGGUUGGGCAUGGUCUUAACAAGCCAGCUGAAGUAACUCUACUACUUCAAACAAAACCAUUGAGUAAUCUAAAUGAGGCGCAGUUAGCAAAAAUUGUGGAAAAAUUGAAGUGCAAGACAGAAAGUCAAGGGGCACAAUUCAUUUCAUUUAAUCCAGAUAACUGUGAAUGGAAAUUUUUGGUACAACAUUUUAGCAGAUUUGGCCUGGUUGAGGAAGAUGAAGAUGAAGAUGAUGUUCCAAUGGAUGAUGUGUCCCCUGGAGCUCAAGAUCCCGAAGGUAUGAAUGGUAAUGAGGUAUCAGAUGAUGAGGACAAUGCUUCACCAGACAUGAGUCUUCUUUCACAUUCUCUUCCUGCUCAUCUUGGUCUUGAUCCUGUCAGGAUGCAAGACAUGAGGAUGUUGUGGUUUCCUGCCAAGGAAGAUGAGGUAGAGGCUCUUACUAGCAAACAUCCAUAUGAUAAUCCACCUUUUGCUAAAGAUUCCUCAAGAUCUCCUUUGCAUCAUUCAUCUAGGAAGACAGUUCACAAUUCAAAUACCCCUUCCAUUCGCAAGACUCCAUUAGCUUUAAAAGAGUUUAACCCUGGUGGUUUUAGCUCUGCCUCCUCCGGAGCCAUUUUAUUGUCCCAACAAAAUAAAGGUUUGCACCUAACCACGAGAAAAUCUGAAGGCUUCGAGCUCGAGCUUACAAAGAAAACACCAGUAACUGGCAGUUAUUCUUGUAAUAUAGUUGAUGCAGCACUAUUUAUGGGAAGAUCCUUUCGAGUAGGUUGGGGCCCAAAUGGCAUACUUGUGCAUUCUGGUAUGCCUGUUGGUAGUGAUAAUUCCCGAGCUGUAUUAUCCUCUGUAAUAAAUAUUGAAAAGGUUGCACUUGACAAAGUGACAAGAAAUGACAGCAACAAAGUUAAGGAGGAACUUGCUGACUUUUGUUUCAGCUCCCCCCUCAAUAUUCACAAGGAAUUGAGUCGUGAAACAAAAAAAGUUGAACUAGGAACCUAUAAUCUCAAACUUCAAAAGCUUAUUUGCGACCGCUUGACUCUUCCAGAUAUUUGUAGGAGUUACAUAGACAUCAUAGAGAAGCAACUAGAGGUGCCAAGCUUAUCGUCUGACACUCGCGUCCUACUGAUGCACCAAGUGUUGGUUUGGGAAUUAAUUAAAGUGCUCUUUUCAACAAGGAAAAUGGGUGGGCAAUUGAAGCUCAUUGAAGAGGAGGAGGAGGAUAUGAUUUCAGAUGCAAGGGAAAGUUAUCCAGAUGUUGACCAGGAAGCACUUCCACUUAUUAGACGAGCUGCUUUCAGCUAUUGGCUGCAAGAGAGUGUUCACCACCGUGUACAAGAAGAUAUCAGUUCGCUAAAUGAGUUGAGUGGUCUAGAACACAUAUUUUUGCUUCUUUCUGGCAGACAGAUGGACGCUGCCGUAGAGCUUGCUGCUUCUAGAGGGGAUGUACGACUAUCUUGUCUCUUAAGCCAGGCUGGUGGGUCCACAACCAAUCGUGCUGAUAUUGCUCAUCAGCUUGAUCUUUGGAGGAAGAAUGGACUGGAUUUUAGUUUUAUCGAGGAUGAUAGGGUGAGGCUUCUUGAAUUGCUCGCUGGCAACAUUCAUCGGGCCUUACAUGGUGUAAAAAUUGACUGGAAAAGGUUCCUAGGACUGUUGAUGUGGUAUAAACUUCCACCCGACAUUUCGUUACCUGUUGUUUUUAACACUUACCAGAAGCUUCUGAAUGAGGGAGAUGCUCCAUACCCUGUUCCAGUUUACAUAGAUGAAGGACCUAUAGAAGAUGUGAGCAAAUGGGUUUUGAAUAAUCGUUUUGACCUUGCUUAUUAUCUUAUGCUUCUUCACGCCCGGGAAGAAAAUGAUUUUGGUGCUUUAAAGACCAUGUUCAGUGCCUCCGCUUCAACAUAUGACCCUCUUGACUAUCACAUGAUUUGGCAUCAGCGUGCUGUUUUAGAGGCCAUUGGCACUUUCAGUUCAAAUGAUCUACAUGUCCUUGACAUGGCAUAUGUUUCUCAGUUGCUCUGCCUUGGGCAAUGUCAUUGGGCCAUCUAUGUGGUACUUCAUAUGCCUCACCGUGAAGAUUAUCCUUAUCUUCAAGCUACAGUUAUAAGAGAAAUCCUCUUUCAAUAUUGUGAAGUUUGGAGUACUAGUGACUCACAAUGGGAAUUCAUUGAAAGUCUAGGCAUUCCUUUAGCAUGGUUGCAUGAAGCUUUGGCAAUAUUUCACAGUUACACUGGGGACCUUCCAAAGGCUCUAGGUCACUUUCUUGCAUGUGCAAGCUGGCAGAAAGCACACUCUAUUUUCUUAACUUCAGUUGCUCCGUCUUUGUUUUUGUCAGCAAAGCAUACAGAAAUAUGGGAGCUAGCAACAUCCAUGGAGGACUACAAGUCGGAGAUUGAAGAUUGGGACCUCGGGGCAGGAAUUUAUAUUUCAUUCUAUAUAUUGAAGAAUUCCAUGCAGGAAGACAAUAGCACCAUGACUGAACUGGACACUCUUAAGAACAAGAAUGAUGCAUGUGCUGACUUUAUUAGCCGUUUGAACAAGUCUCUGGCAGUUCGGGGCAACAGAUUAUCAGUCGAAGCAAGAGUCGUAUUCUCAAAGAUGGCGGAAGAGAUCUCCAGUCUGCUUCUUUCUGAUAGCAACGAGGGUUCCACAGGCGAGGAUCAGCUGAUCUGCUUCGAAACUGUUUUUCGGGCACCCAUGCCGGAAGACCUCCGCUCAUAUCAUUUACAGGAUGCUGUUUCACUUUUCACUUGUCAUCUCUCUGAACUGGCACAAUAAUUUCCCCCCAAUGGAAGCAUAACUUCUGCAACUCGACGAUUUUAAGUUCUUCAAGCUUCAGCGUAUGUUCUUGCUUUUACUCUGGCCAUCUGUGUUGUUUUCUUUGUUUUCCAGAAUCCUUGGUUUAUAGCUUUGACAUGACAAUUGAAGUAUCCUGUUUGUAGAUUAGCCUCUUCAGUUUUAUUUUUUUGAACUUUUCUGACAGAAUUCAUGUUUGAAAUUAUUGAAAACUUCAAAUUUGAAAUUAUAUAGUGGUGUAAUAAACUGGUUAUGUGUUAUGUGUC